UCUCUCUCUCGCUCACACACGCGCAGCCUGUCCGGGUAGGAUGGGAGCAGAGCAGUAGCCACAUAUCCGCGCGCGCCUGACCGCUAACACUACUUCCUGGACCCAAAAAGAAUGGGACAUUUACAGCAACACCUUUCCUCUCCAACCUCCGUCUCGCCGACGCCGCGGAUAAUCACUUCAUAAUGCUUUUGCAUGAUCAAUAAUAUCCGACCACUUUUUUUCCUCUGUAAUUAACGACAGCGAUUGAUUGCCGAUUGACUCCCCCCCCCCCCCCCCCCCCUUUUUUUUCUCCCUACACCUCGGGAAUGUCGCUAUGUGGAAGCCCGCUGCAGACACUCCAACAACCACCGAUUCUGAAUUGUUUUCGCCUCUUGCCUGCUCGCCUCUUUAUUCCUCGAAGCUAAUGAGAGCACCCCGCUCCGGAGGCGAGUAAAUCUGGCUUAUUUUUAAUAAAAACACUGACUGUAUCCUGUGACCGUCAAAGCGUUUCUGUACUUUGAUGCUCUCUGCCUUCGUGGCCGCCGUGACAACUUCGGCUUUAGUGUGUGCGUGAUUCUUUCUAAAGGACAAGAAGAGGAGAGGGGGUAAAAAAAGGACUAACUUAAUCACCCGUUGCCUUUUCUUGUUGCUCUCGAUGAGUAUUCUAACAUGCGGAAAAUACGGGAACCGAGUCACUGGUGGAUUUUAACCCUGCUGUUUUUAACCUUGCCCGAAAACAAAGACUGUCAGCCCGUUGCAUCGGGUGACCAACCUCGCUUCACUGGAGGCAGCCGUCCUGGGAGCACAGGCGUAAUGAGGGAGAGGAGGACAGCUGGUGACCCCUACUGGUCCUAUUCAGGAAGCCAUGGGCCUCGAGCCUGGGCAACCUCUUACCCAGAGUGUGCUGCAAAGAACCAAUCACCUGUGGAUAUUGCUGAUGAGCAAGCUUUGGUGCUGGACGAGUACCAGGAGCUAGAGCUCGACAAGUUUAACAUUGAGUCGUCCAACCAGACAACCAUGAAAAACACUGGAAAGACAGUGGCUGUGCUCCUGAAGGAUGACUACUUUGUAAGAGGUGCUGGACUGCCAGGGCGUUUUAAGGCUGAGAAGAUGGAGUUUCACUGGGGCCAGAGUAAUGGAUCAGCAGGCUCAGAGCACAGCAUAAAUGGCAGAAGGUUCCCCGUAGAGAUGCAGAUCUACCUUUACAAUUCAGACGACUUUGACAGCCUCAGCGCCGCCAUCAAGGAAAGACGCAUUAUUGCUGCCAUGGCUGUGUUCUUUGAGCUUGGGCAAAAAGACAACCCAGCUGUGGACCCAAUCAUCCAGGGAUUGAAAGGAGUAGUGCAUCAUGAAAAGGAGACCAACCUCAGGUCAUUCAUCUUGAGGGAUCUGCUGCCGUCGUCAGUGGACAGUUAUUACCGAUACACUGGCUCCUUGACCACUCCGCCCUGCAGCAAAGUAGUGGAGUGGAUCAUCUUCUCCAGGCCUGUGUAUUUGUCCCACUCACAGCUGGAUGCUUUUUACUCCAUCUUCACCACGGAACAACAGGACCACGUCAAGUCUGUGGAGUACCUGACAAACAACUUCAGGCCCCUGCAAGACUUGAACAAUAGGAAGAUUUUUAAGUCGGCUGUGAAAGAUGCAUGGCAGAAAGAUUUGACUGAGAUAUUAGGAAGCCCACACAGCACUGAGGCCUCUAGAGUGUGCAGCAGUGCCCCAGUGAGCAUGAAAAUCCAGCCGUUGAACGAGUCGGCCUUGAUGGUGAGCUGGGAACGGCCCCUUACUAUCUACCACCCACCCAUCACUAGCUACAUGGUCUCAUACAGCUGGGUGAAACGGGAUGUGGCAGACGAAAAAACGUUCAUAAAGAUGGGUGACCAAAGCAUGAAAGCGGUCAUUACUAACGUCUCCCCGGACCUACUCUACCUGUUCAAGGUGCAGGCAGUGUGUCAGCAUGACCUCCGCAGUGACUUUAGCCAGAAUCUGCUGUUCAGAGCAAAUACAACAAGGAUAUUUGAAGGCUCUCGCAUUGUGAAGACUGGAAUGCCCACAGGAUCUCCAGCGUCAUCAGCAGAUAUGGCUCCAAUAAGCUCUGGUUCGUCCACCUGGACAUCCUCUGGUAUCCACUUCUCCCUGGUCUCUAUGGCCACCGGCAUGGGCCCCUCGUCCAGUGGCAGUCAGGCCACUGUAGCAUCAGUGGUGACCAGCACCUUGUUGGCAGGCUUGGGUGUUGGCGGAGGGGUUAUCUCCUCUUUGCCCAGCUCUGUCUGGCCAACACAGACACCUCCUGCCCCUCAGAACCCGACACAUCCAUCCACCCCGCCUUCGAAGCCCAGCACUGAGCAAGCCACUCAUGGGGCUGAGAGUGAGAAGCAGGCUGAGGACAAACAGGCCUCCGGUGAGGGGGAGGAGGAAGAGGAAGAGAACGGUGAAAAUGGAGAGGAAGAAGAGGAAGAAGAGGAAGGAAAAAAGAAAAAGGACAAGAAUUCACCUGAUAACGAGAAGCAGGCAAACAACACUGUGUCCGAAGAGCCUUUAAUCCCUACCCCCGCAUCCACAGCCAAAGAGAAAGGAAAGGGCAGUCCAACAGCCACAGCCCCUGCAAGUGCUGGUGAUGACUGCUUGGUAAACAAGGAGAAGAGACCCACAGCAGUAAACACAGUCUCCACUCAGGAGCCACGGAAUGACAGCGCUGAGAUGCAGAUUCCUCAGAGCUCCACUGUAGCUCCAAAGAAUAAAAGUGAUGGAAAGGGUCACUGGCCUUUUCUGGUCCACACUGAUCAAACUGUCUUGUCCAACGUGACGCGGACCCCUCACCCAGGAAUGGGCAGGAUGGUGUGGAUCGUGCCCCUGGUGGUGGUGUCUGCUCUCACUCUGCUGUGCCUCAUCAUGCUGCUAAUCGUGAUGGUCUACUGGAGAAUGACAAGCAUCUGCUCCAUUCUCUACUACAAGUACAGGAGAUUUUUCCAGACGGCUCAUUUCUAUGUGGAGGAGAGCAGCUCCCCACGGGUGGUGGCCAAUGAGACCAUCCCAAUCAUCCCAAUACCAGAGGAUAUGGAUGCCAUUCCUGUGAAGCAGUUUGUUAAACACGUCAUGGAGCUCUACAAAAGCAACAUGCAAGGUUUUGCAGAAGAGUUCGAGGAGGUCCAGCGCUCCACAGUUGACUUAAAAAUCACCGCAGAACAUUCCAAUCAUCCUGACAACAAGCAUAAAAACAGAUACAUCAACAUUGUAGCCUAUGACCACAGCAGGGUGAAAUUGCGAGCUUUGGCGGGGAAAGACGCCAAACAUUCAGAUUACAUCAAUGCCAACUAUGUUGAUGGCUACAACCGUCCCAGGGCUUAUAUAGCUGCUCAGGGUCCUCUCAAGUCUACGUUCGAGGACUUCUGGAGGAUGGUGUGGGAGCAGAACACCGGGAUCAUUGUCAUGAUAACCAACCUGGUGGAAAAAGGGAGGAGGAAAUGCGACCAGUAUUGGCCAACAGAGAACAGCGAGCAGUACGGAAACAUUGUGGUGACGCUGAAAAGCACCAAAGUGCACGCCUGCUACACGUUGCGCCGCUUUCUCAUAAGGAAUACAAAAGUUAAAAAGGGUCAGAAGGGGAACCAGAAAGGGAAGCUAAAUGAGCGGAUUGUGGUCCAGUAUCAUUACACUCAGUGGCCUGACAUGGGAGUACCUGAGUACACCCUCCCUGUCCUCACUUUCAUUAACCGCUCCUCAGCAGCUCGUACUGCAGAUAUGGGUCCCGUCCUGGUGCACUGCAGUGCUGGGGUCGGACGCACGGGAACGUACAUCGUCAUCGACAGCAUGCUGCAACAAAUCAAGGACAAAAGCACAGCCAGUGUCCUGGACUUUCUCAAACAUAUACGCACACAACGCAACUACCUAGUCCAGACUGAGGAGCAGUAUGUUUUUAUCCACGACGCGCUGAUGGAGGCCAUCCUCAGCAGGGAGACGGAAGUGCCAGCCUGGAAGCUGCAUGGCUACGUUAACAGCAUCCUGACGCCCAACUCUGCUGGCCGCACACGGCUGGAGAAGCAGUUCAGGCUGCUGAGUCAAUGCAACACGCGCUUCGUCGAGUGCUUCAGCGCACACAAAGACUGCAACAAGGAAAAGAACCGCAACUCGUCUGUGGUUCCCUCGGAAAGAGCAAGGGUUGGACUCACCACUCUGCCUGGCAUGAAAGGAACAGAUUACAUUAAUGCAUCCUACAUAAUGGGCUACUACCGGAGUAAUGAGUUCAUUAUUACCCAGCAUCCUUUGCCCCACACCACCACAGACUUCUGGAGGAUGAUUUGGGACCACAAUGCUCAGAUUAUCGUCAUGCUGCCUGAUAACCAGGGGCUGGCCGAGGAUGAAUUUGUUUACUGGCCGAGCCGAGAGGAGGCCAUGAACUGCAUCGCCUUCACUGUAACUCUCAUCAGUAAGGACAGACUGUGCCUCUCCAAUGAGGAGCAAAUCAUCAUCCAUGACUUCAUCUUGGAGGCCACGCAGGAUGAUUAUGUUCUGGAGGUGAGACACUUUCAGUGCCCCAAAUGGCCAAACCCGGACGCUCCUCUCAGCAGCACCUUUGAGCUCAUCAGCGUCAUCAAGGAAGAAGCCAUGACCCGAGAUGGCCCCACAAUUGUGCACGAUGAGUGCGGAGCGGUGUCAGCGGGGAUGCUCUGCGCCCUCACCACGCUGUCCCAGCAGCUGGAGAGCGAGGGAGUCGUCGACACCUAUCAGGUGGCCAAGAUGAUCAAUCUCAUGAGGCCAGGGGUCUUCACUGAUAUAGAGCAGUACCAGUACCUUUACAAAGCCAUGCUGAGCCUGGUCAGCAAUAGAGAGUGCAGCCUGAGUCCCACUCACACGGACACUAACGGGGUGGUGGUGAUUGCAGAUGAGUCGGACCCUGCGGAGAGCAUGGAGUCGCUCGUCUGAGGACGUCCCUGCAGGCACUUAAUUUGUAAAAAAAAAAAAAAAAAAAAUUAACAACCAAUCCAAGAACUAUACUGAGGCCUUUUUUGCCAGACUAUUGAUUAAACGAAUAACCUUAUUACUUUUUAUACUGAUAAAAAGGUUUUUUGAUAUUUAUGUUUUUUUUUUCUUCAGUCUUUUAUUUCUUGUCUUAAAUGUUCUCCUGCUGAGCGUUUGCACCCGUUUCAGUUGACAUAAGGAAAAAGCAGCUCUGUCCACUUUGCACUAAACUAUCAGUGUUACUGCCUACACCCAGCGAGUGGAACCUAACCUCGGGCUGGAGACAAAACCUGACGCAUGAAGACCAGGAUGAGUUGAAGCGAUCCACCUUCAGUCAAGUCUUAAACCACUUCAUCACAUGGUUACAUAACCCAGCAUGUAUUAUUUGACACUUUUUCACUCCUCUUUUGAUCAUGUGAACAGACUUUUCAGCUGCUUCUACAUUAAUGUUCCAAAAUCUCACUGCUGUCCUGUAAAAUGUACUUAUGGCUUAUUUUUGUUAAAAAAAUGUGUUGCAAUCUCUAAUGUGAACAUUUAUUGCUUUUUACAGGGAUUUAUAUUGUUGUAUUGUUUUGUAAUAUAUAUAUAUAUAUACACACAUAUAUAUAUUAUCUUUAAUAGCCCUGUUAUGUUUAUUUCUGUACUACUAGAUUCCAUAUUCCUGGGGGAGGUUAUGUAGCUUGUCCUGAACGGCCUGCACAUUUCCAGCCUUUUUUUUUUUUUUUACUGUUUUUUUUAUUUUUUCUGGCUUUUGUUGUUGCUUCUCUAACCUCAGCAAGUCACAGCCGUUAACACACGUAUCUGUACCGACACAAUGCAAUGCCUACAAGAAAAUGUACAAAAAAAAAAAAAAUUCACUCUGCACAAAAUUUUUCAUGUUUUAUUUUAUAGCGUUUUGUCGCGGUGUGAUUCGAGUUUGUUCCCGGCACUGAUCAACCCGCAAAAUGAAUUUAAAAAUCAAGGUGAAAACAAAUUUCCUUGUGGUGGAUCUUAGCUUAGGAUUUCUAAAUUGUUCCAAUUUUCCUUGCCGUUUGAUCAAAGAACCUUUGUGGGUGCUGCUGAUUUAUUUCCUGCCGAGCUGCUAUGAGUAACACACGUUACCACAUCGUUGUUCUGUUUUUAGGACAUUCCUGCAAAUAUUUAAACGCAGUAACACUUGAUAUUUCACAGAUUCAUUAGACUUUACUUAAGACAAGCAAUGUCACUUGAUCCUCCUGUGAAGAUUUAAUUCAGUGCCUUGGAAGUCAUUCCAGUACUUGACUGAUCCAUAUAUAUUUUUUUUUUGGCAAAAUUGUAACCUUAACUUUCUUUAUUCUAACCAGUAAUAUAACAUGUUAGUUGUGCUCGGAUCUGGAGCUGCUCCAUACCAUUCCCAUGCCAGUAGGGGGCCUCCAUUUGAGUUCCUACAUGCCCACAGUAGGUCACAAAACACAUUAUGUUGUUUGAUGUUUGUAGUGAAAAUGAGGAAUAGUGAAUUCAAAAGAACAAACCAUUUUAAUGAACCUAAAAAUAGAGAAGUAUAACCAUUUAAGUCAUUUUGUAAUUAAAUGAAUAACCAAAUGUAUGUUUAAAUAUAGUACAAAAGUGCGGAAUAUUUGUCUGCUUACAGAUUUUUUGGGAUUAUAUGUCACCAAAAUGUUUUAGGUCAACAAAGAUGACCUAAGAAAGUUGUAUUUAUUAAAGGAAAAAAAACUCAAAUCCACCUGGAGCUAUAUGUCAAAGUAUUAGCUACCAUAUAAACAGUUGUGUCAACUAGCAAUAUGUUGUUUAUAUCCUUUGGUGAAAGUUUGGCUCGAGUGUUUUUGCAGAAUUGAAUUAUUUAAAACUAAUAUAAUGUGAAUGAGGUCUGUAAGGUGACUCUAAUCUUUUGGAGGAGUCAUUGAUGCACUCUUGGACUAAUUUGGAUAUAACUGCUCUCACUGCAGCCCCUCUAGCUUAAAAAAUGGCUUUUAGAUCUUUCCAGACUAAUGACAUGAAUUUUUUUAACCUAUUUCAUGUUGUCAGACAGCUUAGUUUAAUGACUGAUUCUUCAAGUCUGACAUUAAAUUCAAUAUAUAUAAAAAGGGUAGCGGGGGGUGCAGAUGGGGGAAUAAAUGUUUGUGAAGAUCUAAAACAUGCAGGUAGAAAAAGUCUGUAAGGGUAAAUAAACUUUUCAUAGGAUGUUCUUUACUGACUGGAAGGUUUCAAAAUGAAAUUCUUCCUGUGGCCCCACAGACCUCUAGUUAAUCCUGCUUAUAUAGUAGCACAUUUAAACACUUUUACACACAAAAAUAAUUAAUUUUGCAUCGUCAUUCAUCCAAAUAAUUACAAUUGUUUGCCGUUAUUUGACUUUCUAUUAAUUUUUAGAAUUUAUUUUCACCUUGACAUGAGCGUCUGCUGAUCAGUGUCUCAUUUAAAAGAAACUCUGUGAAUAAAUAAAACAUGAAAAAAAAAAGAAGUAAUAAUCCAA